AUGGCUACUCCAGGCAAUGGAAGAAGCAUUGUGCGUCGACACAGAGGUAAAAUUGUGUUCUCACUAGCGAUUUUCGGGAGUUUGGUUACAGCAGGUUCAGUGUUUUUAUGGUUAGUGAAAAGAUGGCUCUACAGACAGCAGUUGAGACUUACUGAGCAGCAUUUCAUCAAGGAACAAAUUCGUCGUAGAUUCGCGCAGACCCAGGAGGACUCCCUGUAUGCUCUUUACGAGUUAAUCCCUGUAUUUUCCUUAGUUGUCGGUAGGAAGUUGGAUUUGGAAGAGUUGGUUAUUGCAUUGAGAGAUAAAAAAUUGAACAAGAUGGGUAAUAGGGCUUCUGAUGAUGGCAUUUCCUCAGGUAUUAGCACUAGUGUAACCAGCAAUGGCGCACCGGGCUCACUUCAAGGAGGUGGAGAAACGAGAUCAAAGGCAGAAUUAUGGAAUGAAUUGAAAACCAAGAGUAUAGUGAAACUAGUUACCGUUGCAUACACCGUCUCAUCACUGCUGCUGUUGACCAGAUUGCAGUUGAACAUUUUAACGAGACGUGAAUAUUUAGAGACUGCCGUAAAGAUGGCGGUAGAGAAAGAGGGUAAGGACGAGGGAUUAAGCAACUGGUUCAAAUCAAUUUGGACAGAUGCCCAUGCAAACUCUUCAAACUCUUCAUCAACCACGUCUUCUUCAUCCUCAGGAAACAGCAAAGCGUCCUAUAUCAACGAACAGGCAUUUCUAUCAUUAUCAUGGUGGCUACUUAACCGUGGCUGGUUGGAAUACGAAGCAGUGGCACAAGAGUCUGUAGAAUCAGAAUUCGGUAGUCUAUCCCCUCGCGAUACUCUAUCCUUGGAAGAAUUCGGUAACCGUCUCACCAAUGUGUUUGUCAACGUCAACGAGAGAAUUCUCAAGAGCUCUAAAUUACAGCAGGCCUUGUUACCAUCGCGUCAGAUGGAACUAUUCGUUCUGCAGCAAACUUUAGAUCCUGAAGCUCUUGGCGUGGUUCAACGUGAUAGCACCAUUCUUUCACAAUUACUAAACGAGACUACUCAAUGUAUUGAAUCUACUGCGUCUGCUGUCGUAUUGGAAUCACUAAUUAAUGAAUCGUUUCAAUACAUCAUGACUCAAGUGGAAUCCAACACUUCUACAAAGAAACGCAGCGGUCAAGGCUAUCAGAUCGCAGUUUUUUCCAUCGCAUGCAAGGAUUGCUGCACAUCGGUGCUCAAGAGUGGUGUAGUUUCAAUGGACAACGAACUUCUGUCACGUCUAGAUACGUGUCCGCAGCUGGAAGAUCUAAGCGCAAGCGUUUACAGUAAUUUCGGUUAA